AGAAAAGAGCACUAGGCCUAGGCUACAAUUUCCAGAUUUGCACUUGGUAGGCCUACCGUAUGUGUAGGCCUCUAGUGUUUUUGUGGUAGACGCACACCAAUUGUUCACGUUUAAAUGAUCUAGUUAGGAACAAAAACAAGCUGUUUGCUUUGAUAUGAGUUCCAUUACAGACUCUACCCUUUUGAUUUCAUGUAAAGAAAAGAAAAAAGUUCAGAAUAUGUCACGCUUGUCUUUUUUCACUCAUGAGUGGGAGAGUGAAGUUGAGUCAAUGUCUGUUUUGUUUUCAGCGCAUCCCUUGGGAAGCAUGAACACAAGUCUUUUCUCAAGUGUAGGCCUAUGUUAACUCAAUUAGGCUAACGGGCAGCGCAUGUUUGACCCCCCCUAGAUCAGAUGCUUCAUAGCGUGACCGCGCUGUGCUAUUCCUCUUCAUAUCACUCCGUCUGCAGUCCACAAUAUAUAGGCCAAUAUGUUUCCCCUUUACCUUCAGUCGCAGCCGUGCCAAAAGAUGAACGUCCUCAAAGACAACAAAGACCUGGCCUGUUUCUACACCACCAAGCACUCCUGGAGGGGAAAGUAUAAGAGAGUCUUCUCAGUAGGCACUCAUGGCAUCACCACAUACAACCCCACAACGCUAGAGGUCACAAAUCAGUGGCCGUAUGGAGAUAUCUGUGGCAUCGCGCCCGUGGGCAAGGGCCAGGGCACCGAGUUCAACCUCACCUUCCGCAAGGGCAGCGGGAAGAAGUCGGAGACGCUCAAGUUCUCCACAGAGCACCGCACAGAGCUGCUGACCGAGGCACUGCGCUUCAGGACAGACUUCUCUGAAGGGAAGAUCACUGGGAGGCGCUACAACUGUUACAAGCACCACUGGAGCGACACACGCAAGCAGGUCAGCCUGGAGGUCACGCCAGGGGGCAUUGACCAGAUCGACCCCCACACCAAUCGGGUGAUCUGCUCCUACGACUACCGGUCCGUAGAGGGCUUCGCUGAAGUGUCCGACUACCAGGGCGGGUUCUGUAUCCUCUACGGUGGCUUCAGCAGGCUGCACCUGUUUGCGUCAGAGAACCGUGAUGAGAUCAUCCGCAGUGCCAUCGAGCAUGCCGGCAACUACAUCGGCAUCAUGCUCCGGCUGCGUAAGGACCCGCUCACGUUUGAGGGCUUCGCCGUCGAGCGCCUCGGCAAGUACGGCUCGGACGAGUGCAUCACCUCGCUGGCCGAGUUCGUGGUGCAGAAGGUCUCCCCUCGACACUCGGAACCUAUAAGGAGGAUCCUGGCCCUCACAGAGACAUGCCUUGUUGAAAGAGACCCUGCCUCUUACAACAUUGUCACCAUCAAGCCCUUUGAAGAGGUGUUUGCGCUGAUCUGCGACCAAGACAACCCUCAAGUGUUUACCGUGGAGUUCAUCAGAGGACAGAUCCGCAAAUACAGCUCCACAGAAAGAGACUCUCUGCUGGCGAGCCUGCUGGAUGGGGUGCGUGCGUCGGGGAACCGGGACGUGUGUGUGAAGAUGGCGCCCACCCAGCGAGGGCAGCGCUGGGGCCUGCUCAGCAUGCCCGUGGACGAGGAGGUGGAGAGCCUGCACCUCAAGUUUCUGGCCGCCCCACCCAAUGGGAACUUCAGUGACGCUGUGUUCAGAUUCAACGCCAACAUCUCCUACAGUGGGGUGCUUCACGCCGUCACCCAAGAUGGUCUGUUUUCUGAGAACAAGGAGAAGCUCAUCAACAAUGCCAUCCUGGCGCUGCUGUCCCAGGAGGCCGAGAUGACCGGGCCCAACGCUGACCUGGAGAGCCAGUUCCAGGCCCUGCGCCGGCUGGUGGCCUCCAAAGCUGGCUUCCAGGCCUUCACCCAGCUGCCCCGGUCUGGUCAGAUGGCUGGGCCGGAGCUUCGAACAUUUCGUGAAAAGCUUGGAGUGAAGACCGUAAAGGCCUUGAAAAGAAACCACAACGGCGUAACCCAUGCUGCCAUUGACAUGCUGUGUGCACUUAUGUGUCCCAUGCAUGAUGACUAUGACCUCAGACAAGAGCAACUGAACAAAGCCUCCCUACUCUCCUCCAAGAAGUUUCUGGAAAAUCUGCUGGAGAAGUUUAUCAGCAAUGUGGAUCAAGGUACAGGUGCACUGGUCAUCAGUUCCCUGCUGGACUUCCUGACCUUUGCCCUGUGUGCGCCGUACAGUGAGACCACCGAGGGUCAGCAGUUUGACAUGCUGCUGGAGAUGGUGGCCUCGAACGGACGCACCCUCUUCAAACUAUUCCAGCACCCUUCCAUGGCUAUUGUAAAGGGAGCAGGCCUGGUCAUGAAGGCCAUUAUUGAGGAAGGAGAUAAGGAAAUCGCCACUAAGAUGCAGGAGCUGGCCCUGAGUGAGGGAGCUCUGCCCCGCCACCUGCACACAGCCAUGUUCACCAUCAGCUCAGACCAGAGGAUGCUCACCAACAGGCAAUUGAGUCGUCAUCUGGUUGGCCUGUGGACAGCGGAAAAUCCCACGGCCUUGAACCUCCUGAAGCGGAUCCUGCCCACAGGUUUACUGGCCUAUUUGGACAGCGCAGACCCCGUCCCAGAGAAGGAUGUCGAUCGCAUGCACAUCCGUGAUAACGUCAAAAUAGCCACGGAUCAGUACGGGCGCAACAAGGUGCCCGAGUGGCAGCGGAUAGCUGGCAAAGCUGCCAAAGAGGUGGAGAAGUUUGCCAAGGAGAAGACCGACAUCGUGCUCAUGCACUGGCGAGACAAGAUGGGCAUCGCUCAGAAAGAGCAGGACAGGAAUAACCUGAACCCCAACCAAAAACCAGUCAUCCUCAGGAAGAGAAGACAGAGGAUCAAGAUCGAAGCCAACUGGGAGCUCUUUUACUACAGGUUUCAGAAUGACCACGCGCGCUCCAACCUCAUCUGGAACCUGAAGACGCGUGAGGAGCUGCGCGAUGCCCUGGAGGGCGAGAUGCGCUCCUUCAGCGUGGACCGCGAGCUGGGCAACGCCAGCGUCAUUUCCUGGAACCAUCAGGAGUUCGAGGUGAAGUACGAGUGCCUCUCAGAUGAGAUAAAGAUUGGUGACUAUUACCUGCGGCUGCUCCUGGAGGAAGAUGAGAAUGAGGAGUCUGGGGCCAUCAAGAGAUCGUACGAGUUCUUUAAUGAGCUCUACCACCGUUUCCUGCUCACACCCAAAGUCGCCAUGAAGUGCCUGUGUCUGCAGGCUCUGACCAUAGUCUACGGUAAAUGCUGCGAGGAGAUUGGACCGUUCACCGACACCAAAUAUAUUGUGGGCAUGCUUGAGCGGUGUACUGAUAGACUGGAAAGAGACAGGCUGAUCCUGUUCCUCAACAAACUCAUACUGAACAAGAAAAAUGUGAAGGAGGUGAUGGACUCUAACGGUGUCAGGACCCUGGUGGACUUGCUUACCCUUGCACACCUGCACACUAGCCGAGCCACUGUGCCUCUACAGACUAACGUUAUUGAAGCUGCUCCUGACAUGAAGAGAGAGAGUGAGAAGGAAUGGUACUUUGGGAAUGCUGACAAAGAAAGAAGAGGACCCUUCAGCUAUGAAGAAAUGCAGGAGUUCUGGACCAACGGCACACUGACGGCCAAGACGCGUUGCUGGGCGCAGGGCAUGGACGGUUGGCGCCCCCUUCAGGCCAUCCCGCAGCUGAAGUGGUGCCUGCUGGCCUCAGGGCAGGCCGUCAUGAACGAGACUGACCUGGCCACGCUCAUCCUUAACAUGCUCAUCACCAUGUGCUCCUACUUCCCUAGCAGAGACCAGGAUAACGCCAUCAUCAGGCCGUUACCCAGAGUCAAGAGGCUGAUCACCGACAACACCUGCCUGCCUCACAUCGUCCAGCUGCUGCUCACCUUUGACCCCAUCCUGGUGGAGAAAGUGGCCAACCUGAUGUACCUGGUGAUGCAAGACAACCCCAACCUGCAGAGGCUCUACCUCACCGGGGUCUUUUUCUUCAUCAUGAUGUACACGGGCUCCAACGUGCUGCCGGUGGCCAGGUUUUUGAAGUACACCCAUCUGAAGCAGGCCUUCAAGUCAGAGGAGGCUAAAGGUCAGGACAUAGUGCAGCGCAGUGUGUUGGGCCCAGUGCUGCCUGAGGCUAUGGUGUGCUACCUGGAGAACUACGAGCCGGAGCGCUUCUCUGAAAUCUUCCUGGGAGAGUUUGACACCCCUGAGGCCAUCUGGAGCAGUGAGAUGAGGCGGAUGAUGAUUGAGAAGAUUGCUGCUCACCUGGCUGACUUCAGCCCUCGUCUUCAGAGCAACACGCGAGCGCUCUACCAGUACUGCCCCAUCCCUGUGGUCAGCUACCCUCAGCUGGACUACGAGCUCUUCUGCAACAUCUACUACCUCAGGCACCUCUGCGACUCCACACGCUUCCCCAACUGGCCCAUACGCGACCCUGUGAAGCUGCUGAAGGACACUUUGGAGGCCUGGAAGAAGGAGGUAGAGAAGAAGCCUCCCUCUAUGUCUGUGGACGAUGCCUACGAGGUGCUUAACCUCCCCAAAGGACAGGGCCAGCACGAAGAGAGUAAAGUGAGGAAGGCCUACUUCCGCCUGGCCCAGAAAUACCAUCCAGACAAGAACCCAGAGGGCAGGGACAUCUUUGAGAAAGUGAACAAGGCCUAUGAGUUCCUCUGUUCCAAGUCGGCGCGCAUCGUUGAUGGGCCUGACCCGGAGAACAUCAUUCUCAUCCUCAAAGCCCAAAGCAUCCUCUUCAACAGACAUCGCCAAGAACUGGAGCCCUACAAGUAUGCCGGCUACCCCAUGCUGAUCAAGACCAUCACCAUGGAGACGGGUGACCAGCAGCUGUUUUCCAAGACGUCGCCCUUAUUGCCGGCGGCAGCAGAGCUGGCCUUCCACACGGUCAACUGCUCCGCCCUCAACGCUGAGGAACUGCGCCGGGAGAAUGGCAUUGAGAUUUUGCUGGAGGCGCUGUCUCGUUGUGUUGCCGUAUUGACCGCCUCCAGCAAGCCUGAUGACAUGGCUGUCCAGGUGUGCGGGCACAUCUGUAAGUGCUACAGUGUGGCGGCUCAGUUUGAGGAGUGCAGGGAGAAGAUCAUUGAGCUGCCCAAUAUCAUUAGGGACGUCUGUCAUGUGUUGUUCUACGGCAAGGGCCUGCCUCGCCUGGCCUCCCUGGCGGUGCAGUGCGUCAGCUCCUUCGCCGUGGACUUCUUCCUGCAGACGCACCUGUACCACGCCGGCGUGCUGUGGCACCUGGUGCCGCCGCUCUUCAACUACGACUACACGCUGGAGGAGAGCGGCGUGCAGGCCAACCAGGACACCAACCAGCAGGAGGUGGCCAACAGCCUGGCCAAGCUCAGCCUGGUGUCGCUGGCCCGCCUGGGCGGCUACGGCAGCAUGGCGGCCAUCACCGCCGGCACGGGCGACCACGAAGAGGGGCAGCCCAACGGCCUGGACGGUCCCGGGGGGGCGCCGCCGGAGAACCCUACCGUCCGCAAGAGCCUGGCGGCCAUGCUGACGCCCUACAUCUCCCGCAAGCUGGCCACUGGAGCACCUGCGGAGGUGCUGAAGCUGCUCAACAGUAACUCGGAGAACCCAUACCUGAUCUGGAACAACGGAACCCGUGCAGAGCUGCUAGAGUUCCUGGAGGAGCAGCAGGAGGGCAACAUCAAGAGGGGCGAGUGUGAUAAGAACUUUGGUGCUGAGUUUGUGUUCAGUGAUCAUGGCAAAGAGCUGAUCGUUGGAGAAAUCUUUGUUCGUGUUUACAACGAGCAGCCGGCCUUCCCUCUGGAGUACCCCAAGGCGUUUGCGGCCAGCCUGCUGGACUACGUGGGCUCCCAGGCCCAGUACCUGCACACGCUGCUGGCCAUGACCCAGACCAGCAAGGUGGAGUCGCAGCAGCACGCCCAGAGGCUGCGCUGGGCGGAGAUGGCCCUGGAGGCCCUCCGGAACGUCAUCAAGAACAACCCUGGCUCAGAGACGGAGUGCAUUGGUCACUUCAAGCUGCUCUUCUCCCUGCUGCGGGUGCACGGGGCAGGCAAGGUGCAGCAGCUGGCCCUGGAGGUUAUCAACACUGUGACUUCCAAUCAGGACUGCGUCAGCAACAUUGCAGAGUCGUUGGUUCUGUCCAACCUGCUUGUGCUGCUGCACUCCCUGCCCUCCAGCAGACAGCUUGUUUUGGAAACCCUGUACGCACUCACCUCCAACACUAAGAUUGUCAAAGAGGCCAUGGGCAAGGGUGCGCUCAUCUACCUGCUGGACCUCUUCUGUAACUCCACUCACCCGCAGGUGCGCUCGCAGACCGCCGAGCUCUUCUCCAAGAUGACCUCAGACAAGCUUGUGGGACCAAAGGUGCGUCUGACUCUGAUGCGUUUCCUGCCGGGUGUGUUCAUGGACGCGAUGCGGGACAACGCGGAGGCAGCCGUGCACAUCUUCGAGGGGACGCACGAGAACCCCGAGCUCAUCUGGAAUGACGGCUCACGCGAGACCGUCUCCACCACUGUCAGAGAGAUGAUGCUGGAGCACUUUAAACAGCAGAAAGAUAACCCAGAUGUCAACUGGAGGCUGCCGGAGGACUUCACGGUCCCUUACGCAGCGGGGCAGGGGGAGCUGGAGGUGGGAGGAGUCUACCUUAGAAUCUUCAUCGCUCAGCCGGGCUGGGUGCUGCGCAAGCCUCGAGACUUCCUGGUAUCCCUACUGGAGACCCUCACCACACUGCUGGAGAAGAACAACCCCAACGGCGAGGCCUUGGAGACGGUCACCACGGCAGCAGUGUGUUUAUUCAGCACGCAGACGCAGCUGGCUGAUCAGGUGCCUCCUCUGGGUCACCUGCCGCGGAUCUUAGCCGCACUCAACCACAAGAACAAUGCCGUUCCCAAGAGCUCCAUUCGCCUCAUACACGUGCUGUCUGACAAUGAGUUGUGUGUGCGCUCCAUGUCAGCUCUGGAGACGAUUGGUCCUCUGAUGAGUGGGAUGAAGGUGCGGGCCGACAUGGCUGGUCUGGCCUGUGAGGCCCUCAACCGCAUGUUCCAGAAAGAGCAGACUGAGCUUGUGGCUCAGGCCUUACGGGUGGAGCUGGUGCCCUACCUGUUGCGUCUGCUGGAGGGGAUCGGGCUGGAGACGCUGGACAACCCCUCAGCCAUUAAAGCCCAAAUCGUCAAAGCCCUCAAGUCCAUGACCAGGAGCCUCCAAUAUGGAGACCAGGUGAAUGAUAUCCUUUCUCGUUCCACUGUGUGGAGUGCCUUCAAAGACCAGAAACAUGACCUCUUCAUCUCAGAAUCGCAGGCUGCUGGAUACCUGACAGGUCCAGGAGUGGCAGGCUACCUGACUGCAGGUACUGGAGCCACUGUGAUGCCUAAUGUCCCUCCCCCGGUGGACAAUGAUGUUGGAGACCUGGGUUGAGCACACGCCUAGUCCCCCUCUGCUCCCACCCCGACUGUAACCUGCAAAGACGGACACUUUGCCGUCCACCUGCCGCCCUGUUCACCCUCCCAAAGUGACACUUAAAAGACAGGCUCAGUCGUCAGCCCUCGAGUAAACAAUAGGAAGGAGGAAGAGGGGAGACAUGGAAAUCCAUUAAAAACAAUACAAAUCUGAAAAGGCAGGCAACGGAGAGGGGGCUGUUGAUGCGCACCUCACCAAAUGUCCUCAAAAUGUCCACCACAUCUUCACAAAAUGUCUGCCACCAGACACCGCACUGGUCGUCUUCAGUGAUUACUUAACUCUCUUUUAACUUUGUCUUGUCAGCUUCCUUGUCUUUUUGUUUGUUUGUUUUAUGAUUUACUUGAGCUCUUCAUGUUGUUUUCUCUCUCACCCUUGAAGGAAGGAAAAUAGUUUACUUUUGUAUGAGUAUAUUUUUUACAAUUGAUUUUUGGUUUCUGUGUGUGGAAAACGAAGACCACGAAAAGACUGAGGAAUCAUUAUCAUGUCUGCGUCUCCACUCGUCUGCCCUCUCCUCUUCCUCCAAGAGGACAGCCUCCCUUCUUACCCACAUGACCACUGGACAAGCGCCAAACAUCUCAUCCCCGAGGCUUUUCCACCGAGCUCUCCCUCAUCUACGGACCUGUCCGAUGAUUAUCGCUUUUCAUGAUUUUUUUUUUUUUUUUUUUUGAAGACCUUGUUUUAUAGUGUUGUACAAAUGUGGUUUAAAGAAAGCUGGGAAGAACAAAAAAAGGAGCUUACAGGAUAACCAAGUGAUGCGUCAUCAUGAACCCAAUCCCCCCCCCCCCCUAGAUGACACGGCGUUCCCUCGGACAUCUGCUCUAAAAGCAGGCGGAACGUAGACACCAAUCUCUUUAUCUCAAUCUCACCUGAUUCGAAUUGUGAACUUGUCCCAAUCACUUUCCCCCUUCUUCCUUCACAAUGAAAAGCUUUUCGUGAAAAUCUUUUUUUUUUCUAUGCUGUUUCUUCUCUCCAGGACGCAAAAAGCACUAGAAUAUUUAUGCCCCCUUGUGGACCUCUUACGGACGAGUGAAUGACUGAUGGAUCUCUUAAUGACUAGUGCAAUUUGUGAGAUGUUCUAUGUAAUAUGCCGUAUAUAAACUUUCUAUAUUGAAUGUACAUUAAAAAGAAAAAAUAAAUCUGUCACACUUGUACAUAAAAUUUUAAAAAUAAAAGGGAACUCACAAUG